AUGUCUUCUGUUAAUCAAUCUACCAAAGCUACUUUUGCUAUUGAAAAUGGGCCUGUAUUUAAUGGUGUUUCGUUUGGGGCCAACAAGUCUGUCUCUGGUGAAGCCGUCUUCACAACCUCUUUGGUCGGCUACCCAGAGUCCAUGACUGACCCUUCCUAUCGUGGCCAGAUAUUGGUUUUCACCCAGCCGUUGAUCGGCAACUACGGUGUCCCCUCCGGGGAGGCUCGUGACGAGUUCAACCUUUUGAAAUAUUUCGAAUCCCCUCAUAUCCACGUCGUGGGGAUCAUUGUCGCCGAGUACGCCUACCAGUACAGUCACUGGACCGCUGUCGAGUCUCUGGCUCAAUGGUGUCAAAGAGAGGGUGUCGCGGCCGUUACGGGCGUCGACACAAGAGAGAUUGUGCAAUUCUUGAGGGAGGAAGGUUCCUCCCUGGGGAGAAUCACCAUCGGAAACGACAACCCAGUUAAGUACACUAACCCAAUGGCGAACAAUCUCGUGCAACAAGUCACGACAAAGCAACCGUUCCACGUCCCGGCGAUCUGUGCGGACCCUGUUGCCAACAUUGCUUUGAUUGACUGCGGUGUCAAGGAAAACAUCAUCAGGUGUCUUGUUAGAAGAGGUGCAAACGUCACUGUGUUCCCCUACGAUUACAAGAUUCAAGAUGUAGCCGAUAAAUUCGAUGGCCUGUUCUUGUCGAAUGGUCCAGGUAACCCUGAGAUGUGCUCUGCGACCGUGGAGAACUUGAAAGUGUUGCUCGCUGACGAGAGGUUCGUCAACUUGCCCAUCUUCGGGAUCUGUCUCGGCCACCAACUGCUUGCCCUAGCGUCCGGCGCGACUACAAAGAAGAUGAAGUACGGGAACAGAGCCCACAACAUCCCCGCUAUGGACUUGACCACUGGCCAGUGCCACAUCACCUCUCAGAACCACGGGUACGCAGUAGACCCUGCGACUCUACCGGAGGACCAAUGGCAGCCAUACUUCGUCAACCUGAACGACGGGUCCAACGAGGGUAUGAUACACUUGACAAGACCUAUAUUUUCCACACAGUUCCACCCAGAGGCAAAGGGUGGUCCCUUGGAUACCGAUAUCCUGUUCGACAAGUUCUUCCAGAAUAUCGAGGUCUCAAAGCAAGAAAAGAAGCAAGGCGAAGCCGCCAUCAGCAAGCUGCCCCUCGAAAGACAGCUCAACAUGAACGGCGGCAUCAUCGCCAAGGAGAGAGUCCUCGCUUAG